GCUCUGUCACGCUCGCACGCACGCACGCACGCACGCUCGCACACAAUCACACUCAUACACUCACACACCGACAGAGUUUGUUCCAUGCGAGGAAGUACCAGGCUGUUACCGGAGCACGAGAUAAAGCGUCGAGUAUCCGUGUGAGGAUGACAUCCGUGACCAACUCGCGUCUCCAGCCGUCACAUAUAGACGCGGCCGACCAAAACUUUGACUACAUGUUUAAACUCCUCAUCAUCGGCAACAGCAGCGUUGGUAAAACCAGCUUCCUGUUUCGCUAUGCGGACGAUUCCUUCACUUCAGCCUUCGUCACCACGGUGGGGAUCGAUUUUAAGAUCAAAACGGUUUUUCACAACAACAAAAGAAUCAAGCUGCAAAUCUGGGACACAGCCGGACAGGAGCGCUACAGAACCAUCACUACAGCGUAUUACAGAGGAGCCAUGGGCUUCCUGCUGAUCUACGACAUCACAAACCAGGAAUCGUUCAACGCCGUCCAGGACUGGGCCACUCAGAUAAAGACAUACUCAUGGGACAACGCACAGGUGGUCCUGGUGGGCAACAAGUGUGACCUGGAAGAUGACAGACUCAUCCCCACCGAGGACAGUCAGAGAUUGGCUCAUGAACUCGGUUUCCAGUUUUUCGAGGCCAGCGCCAAAGACAACAUCAACGUGAAGCAGGUUUUUGAGUGUCUGGUGGACGUGAUAUGUAAGAAGAUGAGUGAAAGUAUGGACGGAGACGGUCAGGUGUCCAACCACAAAGACUCCAGUGCGCAGGACACGUCUCCUGAGGGACACGCCGGCUGUGCCUGCUAAAACACACGCUCUCUGUCUUCUCCUCACCUGUUCACUACUACUUGGGAUAAUCUUUGCUUUUACUUCUUUUAACCCAAACAGCAUCUGCCAAACGUGCUCGUGUUGUUUGUUGAUGUGGAUAGUCGUGGAUUGAAAUCUGACUGCACUAGUGAUCUGCGUGUCUCCCGUACACAUUCACAGGUGUGUGUGCAGAGACGCAAACAGCUGGAGAUACUGCACAGCGUUUUAAAGCUCCAUCCACACCCAUUGCUCACGCUCUCACCCCGUUCCCCAGCGUUUCUCUGUCUUUCCCUCAAAAAGGCAACGGUUCGAUGGGUAUUUGUGGUUUUAGCAGGUAUUCUCUAUCUCAUCAGAUACUGUAACACCCACAGUAUUUGGGUGUCUAUCUGCUUUAAAUUAGAGUCCUAAUAGCUCAUGCAGCACUGUUAUGGAGAUAAAUGCACUGUGUUAUUCUGAUAUGUGCAAUCAUGGGCUGUUGUUUGAAACUUAUGUGCAUCGCACGCUGAGAAACAUCCACUCAAAUCAAUGUUUUACUGAUAUUUUUUGGAAUAAGCAUAUAAAAUUAAAUUAUAAGAUACUAUUAUAAGCAAAUAAACUAUCUGCAACCCAAAAUGUCCAGUAUGAUGUUGAAGGUGUUUGCUUCUUCACUGAGGUUGUCUUGUUAUUAAAACAAAAUGUUACGUAUGAUGUAAUAUUUUGCAUAAUAUAGUUACUUGAUAAAAUAUGAAGCAAUUAUGGUUCAAUUAAAUAAAAAAAUUAAACAAU